ACUAAUCAGAUCCUGCAGGCAACUUAACCUGGUGCCGAAAAGAUGCACGGAACGCGUUAAUUCUUUUGCCUGCACCCGACGAGUUCCGUGGACGAGUCCACGUCUUCUUCUUAAUCCCAUGGAGGGAGUCAUCACAUUCUAUGACUUUGUUCACUCUUUGUAUCGAACGGUCAUACCGCAUCCCGAGGACCGUAUACCCUUCGAGCCACACCAUGCCUUGCAUCUCUUGGCCGCUCUUCUGCCAAUGAUGUACAUGGCCUAUCUCGCUCGACGCCCAGACACAUUCCUUCUCCGCAUUAUGCUACUCCCAUUGGUCGUAUUAAGUAUACUUGGAACCUUCUUCCGCUUCGCAGUUCUUGAAGUAGGAUACGGUACAACCAAUUGGGGAUUAGGAUCGCUUGCUCUGACUAGUGUCGCCAAGGCCAUCGAUUAUGCUUGGAGACCUGAGGGGAUGCUCAAAAUCGGAGAAGAAAAAACCUGGACUGGUAGCGGAUCUUCAGGCGACCCCGAUGCCUUAACAGCGACGUCGUCAGUAUGGCAACGCCGUUUACCAGCGUGGAUGUACGACUCCCUAGAACUUCUUCUCACCAACAGAGGAAUCGGUUGGAAAUUCGGAGCCGGAGUGUAUAUCCCAAAGGAGCAUAGGUCGCUUGAACGAUCUGCAUUCCUUUCCGAAACUCUAUCCUCUUUCCUUCACAGCUUCCUCGUCUUUGAUGCUUGUGAAUCGUUUAUCAAACUUGUGCCGGGUCUUAACACUCCCGAAGGAGGUACUAUUUUCAGGCCCGAGUUGCCUAUCCCCCAGCGCUACAUUCUUUCCACUGCAGUUCACAUCGCCACAGGAUCCGCCAUCGUAGCAGGGUUUGACUUGUAUUACCAUCUUUCUACACUUGUUGGGGUUGGGUUACUCUCCAAUAAACCGUCAUCGUGGCCUCCUGUCAUGGACCAUCCUUGGCAAUCUGACUCCCUCCAUAUAUUCUGGGCAAAACGCUGGCAUCAGAUCCUUAGAGAGACUUUCUUUGUUUAUGGUGGCUUUUUUGGGGGACUUGUGGCUGGAAACAUCGGUACCGUGUUCGGGACAUUUAUUGGAUCGGGCCUCUUUCACGAAGCCGGAGCUUAUGGUCUCGGACGCGGAUUUGAUCCUCACGUCGUAUUUUUCUUUGCGCUGCAGGCUCCACUGCUAAUCUUGGAGAGAAUUUGGACGCGUAGCACAGGACAUCGUGUCAAAGGUAUCUACGGACGGCUAUGGGUAUAUUUCUGUAUCGUCAUCUUGGGACAACCUUUAGUGGACUCGUGGCACAAAAGGGGUCUCGGUGGAGGCUACGUCAUCGACCCACGCAUCAGUCCUAUUCGUCUACUACUUAUACCAUUCCUUCGGUGGUUUACAGAGUUAUUGGGUCUUCAUAGUGUGUCUGUCCUUCUUGGUUGAUGAUGCGCCUCUUUUCUCCUUGCAACGCUAUUAUUGCGGCUAUGAUCUAUGGAUAUCACCCAGGAUACCAUGAGCUCCGCACCGCGGAAACGACUUCAAGAGAAAGAGCCUUAACCUUUAUCUACGAUAAAUACCUCGAGUUCCUAUGCUUCAUAUUAGUGUGGCACCUAGUAGCAAUCUCACUUGGCAACCGAU